CAAGAAAUUAGUCAUCAAAAAAUUGCCGUAAAGGUGUAUUACUUAACAGGGGAUGUUAAAAAUCAGUCUCGUGUGAAUACAGUAUUAGCUGAAUACAAACCAACAGUGGUGUUUCAUGCAGCGGCUUACAAACAUGUACCCUUGAUGGAAAAUGGAAAUGUAAUGGAGGCGCUUUAUAAUAAUGUGCUAGGAACACACACAUUGGCAAAGGCUUGUAUGGAAGCUAAUGUGGAUAAGUUCGUGUUAAUUUCUACAGAUAAAGCUGUUAACCCGACCAACGUAAUGGGAGCGACUAAACGGUUAGCUGAAUUGGUUUGCCAAGGUUUACAAACUAGUUUGCCAAAUAAAAAAGAGUCAACCAAGUUUGUGAUUGUACGCUUUGGUAAUGUGCUUGGAAGUAGCGGUAGCGUGAUACCUAAGUUCAGAGAACAAAUUGCCAAGGGCGGACCGGUGACUAUUACUCAUCCAGAAAUUACCCGCUAUUUUAUGUCAAUUCCUGAGGCGGCACAAUUGGUGAUGCAGGCAGGCGUGAUGGGCCAAGGUGGUGAGAUUUUUGUCUUAGAUAUGGGUGAGUCCGUCAAAAUCGCUGACCUGGCCGCCACAAUGAUAAAACUUUCAGGUUUUCAUGAAGAGGAAAUUAAAAUUGAGUAUGUGGGUUUGCGACCUGGAGAAAAGCUAUACGAAGAAUUAUUAGCUGAUGAUGAACAUACUUUACCGACUCCUCACGAUAAACUUCGAAUUGCCUCUGCUAGAACAGUGAAUGAGGAUACUAAUAUGAAUAAAAUGACAAAAGCGGUAUUUCCUGUAGCGGGCUUAGGCACACGUUUUUUACCUGCAACCAAAGCUAGCCCUAAGGAAAUGUUGCCCAUAGUAGAUAAGCCUCUCAUUCAAUAUGCCGCUGAGGAAGCCAUUGCUGGUGGAGCAACAGAACUUAUUUUUAUUACAGGAAGAAAUAAGCGUUCUAUUGAAGACCACUUUGACAAUGCGAGUGAGCUCGAAGCUUCGCUCGAGGCGGGCGGUAAAAAACAAUUACUCGAAAUUUUACGAGGCAUUUUGCCAUCACACGUUUCUUGCAUUUUUAUUCGCCAACCUAAGGCGCUGGGUUUGGGGCAUGCUGUGUUAUGUGCAAAACCAGUGGUUGGGGAUAAUCCAUUUUCUGUAAUUUUGGCAGACGACCUCAUUGAUGCAACGCCUUCAGCCACUAAGCAAAUGGCAGAUGUAUAUGCA